UGCUGAGUGUUCUUCAUGCGUUUAGGCAUUUAAAUGUAUAACUUAUACCACUAGUAGUCAAUCAUAAGUUGGUGAUAGCCUACGAUGCGACCCAGAAUCUACCCCACCUAAAUUUAUAAUCUGGAGCGGCUACUGGUGCAGUAAUUAAUGAGAGUUUUAGGACUUUUUACAAUGUCAUGCGUCUUUGCAUUUUGAAACAAACCCAGCAUAUUUAAGUGAUUUUACAACAGACAAACAGAUGUCUUUGGAAACAUGGUGGGUGAUUCACUUGUCAAAGUUUAAACAUGUCAAGAAAAGGGCGUUAUUUUGGUUGGAGAAGAAUCAAAUGAAGCAUUCUGAGAGAAAGGUUUUUCACUUCCCCUUCUCAAAUUUUCUUGUUUUACCACACUUCUUUUAUUUUGCAGUGUUUGAAGGCUGACUCUCCAUCCAUUUGCUUAUGUAGGAGACCGGUCAAGGGACGUGAAAAUAAAAAAGAAGAGCAUCAUUUUGACCUGAAGCUAUGAAUUUGUUACUUCGUUUACUUUUUCAAGCUUUUCUGCUGUAUGAGACGUUUGCAUGGCAAGUGAGAAUGCCAAAGGAAAUUCAUGGCCUGAGAGGUUCCUGUCUGGUUAUACCGUGCUCUUUCUCUUACACUUCAUACCCACCAACUAACCCACGUAGAGUUGUGUGGUAUCAGUGGGUGUCGAAAGGCUACCCUUUAGUGUACGAUCCCCGGUAUCCAUAUGACGUCAUUGGCAAGUUCAGAGGAAAAACUGAUUUAUACGGCGACCCGUCAAAAUGGAGUUGCAGUCUGCUGAUCAAAAGUCUGGAUCUGUCCCACCACGGAGAGAAAUUAUAUGCAUGGAUUGACCCAGAAAAUGUUGGAUGGCGCACCUAUGAGUUUUAUGAGGUCACCUCCACAAUUCUUGUUGACACACAUCCGCCGCAGCCCACCAUCAAUAUUUACGGAGGCGAAAAGACCGGUGACAGCAUUACAGUGACAUGUUUUACCUUCCACACCUGUCCAUAUAGCAAACCAAACAUCGUCCUGAACGGUAUUGAAGGAUCUGAUGAAGUAGAUGAUUCUGAAAUCAAAAAUGGUCUGUGGAAAACCACUCUGACACGCACCGGUGUUGUGAAGGCUGAACGCUCAGAUAUUGAGUGUACUGUAACACAUCAUGGAGGCAUAACAACAAGAGCUACAAAGAACAAAAAUUCAGCAUGUAUUCCUUAUAGUAUAAACAUUGAGCCUAAACUGGCAGAUGUCACAGAGGGCGUUGCAAAGGACUUCAAUUGUACCGUCCACCAUUCCUGCCAGACUCCUCCGAUCAUCUCCUGGAACUAUGACAACAUGCCGGUGAAAAAGGGAAUAAAACAACCUAAAGGGUUCGAAUUGGUCACCAUAAUAUUUUUGGGGGCAAAGAAAGACAACGGGAAGAAAUUGACCUGCACUGCAAAAUUUUCUGGACAGGACAUCACAGCAUCUGUUGACUUACAUGUGAAACAAUAUGAACCCAAAAUAGUGAACAUAACAGAGAUAAAGAAAACUGAAGUCCUGUAUAAGGCAGAUGUGGCACCAAAGAUCACUGCAUUAACCCGUUCCUGUGUGGUGAUACCCUGCACAUUUAACAUGGAAGAGGUACUUGCAACACAACUUCGAGCUCGUUGGGUCUCAGAAAAAGGUUACAUGUACCACACCGGACCGAGCAACAUCUUGGACAACUUUAGAGGCCGCACAAGACUCAUUGGAAACCCAGUUGAACAAAACUGUACGGUCGAGAUUGAUGACGUAAAACCCCAUGACAAUGGACCGUUCUGUUUCCAAGCAGAAAAAGAUGAAGAUAAAUACAAAUUUAACAACAGCUGUGUGUUCAUUCUGAUGCGAGCUCAACCAGACAAUCCUGUGGUGUCAUCGCUUCCUGAAAACAUCGAGCCCGGGACGCGCGUCACAGUCAAAUGCUCAGUGAAGCACACCUGCCCCUCUCAUCCCCCCGGCAUCACCUGGAGCAUCAAGACUGCCCGAGAAACAGUCAGCCACAGGAGCAUGAGCGGAGGAGUCUGGGAAACAGUCUCUACUGUGACCUUUAUCCCGACCGGAUACGAAGAGAUAGAUGAAAUUGUUUGCACUGCAAAGUUUUGGGGUGAUAAAGUGAAGAUGGUUAAUGGUUCAACUGAACUGAGUGUCAAAAGAAUUCAAGGUGUUGGAAUGGAGAUUUAUAUGCCGUGUGUUAUAGCUCCUGUACUUCUGCUCCUGCUUUGUGCUGCAGUUAUCAUAUUCAAGAAGAGACGCAGUUCUAGGAUGUCUGAAGGAAGAGCUGUCUGGAAUAACAGUAGAGGAGAUGGGGAUUACAACAGAUAUCAGUAAAAAAUACGGACUUGAGAUCAUUGGCUUUUAAAACAACAUGACAUCUUACUAGAGAGGUUGAGCAACAAGUGAAUUUGGUACAUGAAUGUUGUUCUGUACAUCACCCUUGUUUUAGUUGUAAUUCUUGGAAAUUAUAAUUUUUUAAAAUUUUUAUAUUUAGUCAUGUAUA